AUGAUCAAAAUCACCAAUGUGGAAUGCCUUGGCAACGAUGAAUGGUUGAGGGACGUCAAGUGUUCUUUAAAGCCUCUUAAAAACAGAUCCAUUCAAAUUCAAGGAAGUGCUUUCGCUACCAAGCCCAUGAAAACCAUAAAGGUUCAUUUUGAAACCCAACGAUGGCAUAAUGGAUUUCGCCCAUUUAUUGUUGAUUUCUGGAGCGAUUUUUGCGAUAUAAUAUCAAAUCCUAAAAAGAUGAAUACCCUGAUGAAGCCCUUUUAUAAGUUGAUAACAACAUAUACAACCCUGAAGGGUCCGUGCCCCAUUGAAGGAUCAAUAGAAAUUCCACCAACUGUUCCUGAUUUAUCAGUCAUUCCGUCGAUGCUCGUCACUGGAAUUUAUCGUUUGAUUAUAACUGCCAAGGAGAGAGACCUCGACGAAUUUCUUUUUCAAAUCAAAAUAAAGGCGGAAGUGACCAGUGCUCUGAAGGAAUGA